AUGGAAACCUGGGCUCCAGUAUCUAUUAACGCCGUCCGAGGCACACCGUCGACGCGAACAUCAAGUUGGCUCGUGGACAGCAGCGGCCGCUUCCGCGCUUGGUGGUCAGAGAGCGCGCGCAGCGUCUACGACAAGCGCACUUACUGCCUCGUCAAGCAGUACGCCGAGCACAGCCUGCUGCCGAUGAACACGACUGCCUCGCUGCAUGAAAACGUCCUGGACAACGUCGCUGUUCAAGUUGCGCACGCGGUCUACACGAGCAUCCUCAAGCACAGCCGACCUCCAUUCGUGGGACGCGAGGUACAGUGGCAUUUCGGCGACAACAACAUGACCGCUGAGCAACUUUUCUUCUAUGCUUACGCAUCGGGUCAACAUACCGCUACGGAACCUGCGUGCAUUCGCCGAGACCUUCGAAUGUGAUGAAAAGGCCAAGAUGAACCCGGAGAGAAGGUGCAUCAUCUGGUGACUGGUCGGGCUCAUUGUGGCACGCGCCUCACUCUAUGACGCCGAGAGUCACCGUUAGGCUCAGGGUGUCCACUUUUCCGAAGAAUGACC